GAAAACCCAAGCCGCCAAGCCGCACUGUAUUCGAUACGCAGCCUAGCCGUCGCUACGAUGCCCGAAAGUUGCUGUGUGGUGGACUGUAAUGUUAACAAGAAAAACAACCCAAACAUUCGUUUUUUUGUAUUGCCUAAAAGGCAGAAGGAGGGAGAAAAACGAUUGAAAUGGCUCCAGGCGAUCAGAAGGAAAGACAAGGAUGGACAACUUUGGGAUCCUGACAGCAAACAUGGUUACGUCUGCGGUCUGCUCUUCAUCACUGGCAUUCCAAUGCAUUCCUGGUGACAGAGAAUGACAUGUUUGAGCGUUUCAUUAGCCGCUUGGAUCUCCAGGACAUGGAGCCCCAGACUACAGGGAAGGGCCUGGGUAGAAUGGGGUCCACCCAGGUGAAGGUUGUGCAGCUGAACUUGAAGCAGAAAUGUUAUCUGGUGGAGAGAGAGGUGGAAGAUACACGAGAAGACCUGGAGAAAUUCAAACACAGCUCAGCACAAAUCCAGGAGAAAUACAAGGCCAUUCUGGAAGAGGCUGACAUACGCCGAGCAGAGAUGAAGAAGGCAAAGUGUGAGUUUGAGCAUGACAUCAUUGAACCUCUGAGGGACAGGAACUGGGCGAUGGUAGCAUCUGAGAAGGUGCUCCACUACACUGUGGACAAGAUGAAGGCAAAGGACACUAAAGUAGAGAGGCUUUCUCUGAAGAACCAGGGACUGAAGGAACAUGCACGAAAGCUCCAGCUGCAGCUCAAGCAGAGAAAAGACAUGGAAGAGACCCUGAACGAGGUGGAAUACCAGCAGUUGAAAGUUAAAAACGAUCAGUGUCAGGAGCAGAUUGACAGGUGCUACAACGAGCUGCUGCAACUAAAACAACUGGCUGGUAAUGCACAGCAGGUCCUCAACUCAUACAAGAAGAGGCUGACGGAUUUGACAUGUGAGACCAAACAGCUGAACAGUGACACUGAUAAAAUGGAGGAGACGCUAGUGAAGAUUGAGGAUGAAACUAAGCAGGUUGAAGAGGAGCAUUCAACGGCAGAGGACCUUCACCAGAAAUUGUGCAGCCAGCUGGCAGAAUAUCAUAUUUGUGAUGUUCUUGAGUAUGUCAAGACCAAGGAAAAGCACAAGAAGCUGCAGUGCAGCUUCAAAGCCUUGGCAAGGAAGGUGGAGAUUGCUGAGAUGGAUUUGAAGACCCACAACAAGGCCAAGAACAAACGGGGAACUUCUGACAGUGCUGCAAACAACACUGAGGCUGGACCAUGUUGUGGGCCAUUCAACAACCCUGGCAUGCUCCCAGACAUAGCCAAACCCAGGUCACUUGGCUAUUAAGAGGGAAGAAAAAGGUUAAAGGAAAAUUACAGUUUAUAACAGAAUUUUAUAAAAAUGCCUUAUCAAAACAAAACUUUGCC